GGACGGCCGGCCGGGCGCCUCUCCUGCCGGGAGCGAGAGGACGGGCGAAACUUUCCUCCCCGGCGGCGGCGAGGCACCAGCAGCAGCCGAGGCGAGCGCCGCCGGCAUGGGCCCCGACACGCUGCCGCUCGGCACCUACGGCGGGGCGGCCGCCGCCGCAGCGCUGCUGCUCUGGGCCGUGUGCGUGCUCUGCAGGAGGAGAAGAAAGACUGGAGAGCCCCCACUAAUAAAUGGCUGGAUUCCUUACCUUGGGAAAGCUUUGAUUUUUAGAAAAGAUGCUUACAAAUUCUUACUGGAUCAGCAAAAGGAAUUUGGAGAUAUUUUCACUGUACAUAUUGCUGGUAGAUAUAUUACCUUUAUCAUGGACCCAUUUCAAUACGUCUAUGUCAUCCGAAAUAGCAAGCAACUUGAAUUUCACGAAUUCGCUAAUAAAAUGGCAUCCAAAACUUUUGACUACCCAGCCUUGUCAAGAGGAAAAUUCCCUGAACUCAAGGAAAACCUGCACAGAAUCUACCAGUAUCUACAAGGCAAGCCUUUGGAUAUCAUUUCUGACCACAUGAUGAAAAAUCUCCAGGAUAUAUUUGAAUGGAAAUGCUCACAAGCAACAGAUUGGGAAACAGAAAAAAUGUACAAAUUCUGCUGCUCUGUAAUGUUUGAAGCCAGUUUUGUAACACUAUAUGGAAGAGUUCCUGCUGCAGAUGGCCACAAAGUUAUUAGUGAAAUCAGAGACAAAUUUAUCAAGUUUGAUGCCAGCUUUCCCUAUUUAGCUGCAAACAUACCAAUUGAGUUGCUAGGAGCUACCAAGAAGGUUCGGAAGGAGCUUAUACAUCAUUUUUUACUUCAGAACAUGACAAAAUGGCUGGGAGGGUCAAAAGUGGUCCAAGCCAGACAAGAUAUAUUUGAGAAAUAUGAGCUGCUUGGAGAUUAUGACAAAGCAGCACAUCAUUUUGCCUUCCUGUGGGCCUCUGUGGGAAACACGAUUCCAGCUACAUUCUGGGCCAUGUAUUAUCUUCUGCGGCACCCAGAAGCUCUUGCAGCGGUGCGUGACGAGAUUGACCAUUUGCUGCAGUCAACAGGUCAAAAGAGAGGGCCCACAUAUAACAUCCACCUCACCAGAGAACAAUUGGACAACCUGGUCUACCUAGAGAGUGCCUUAAACGAGAGUUUAAGAAUGUGCUCGUCCUCCAUGAACAUCCGCAUCAGCCAAGAGGAUUUUGUUCUCAAGCUUGAAGGGAAUCAAGAAGUCGUUUUGAGGAAAGGAGACUGGAUAGCUCUUUACCCGCAGAUUCUGCACAUGGACCCUGAGGUCUAUGAAGAUCCUAAGGAGUAUAAGUUCGAUCGAUACAUAGAGAAUGGCAAGAAGAAAACCACAUUCUACAAGGCAGGAAGAAAACUGAAGUAUUUCCUAAUGCCCUUUGGCUCUGGGAUCAGCAUGUGUCCAGGGAGGUUCCUCGCAAUGAAUGAGAUGAAGAUGUUCCUUUUCAUACUAUUGUCUCAUUUUGAUGUAGAACUAGCAGAAAACAAAGCUGUCAGACUUGAUAACAGUCGCAUGGGCCUUGGUAUCCUCCUGCCAGACGUUGAUAUUGCCUUUCGUUACAAGCUAAGGUCCUUAAGAAAUUGAGCAGCUGCCUGUAUGCUUUCCACUAAUCUCCAUGUUUGCUCUGUUUCAUCACUCAGCUUUAUAUUUUUGGAAACAUUUUCUUUUCCCUCUCUGCUUUUACCUCCUUCCUCUUUGUUUCUAAGGAGAAAAGCCAUUGGGCUGGAGGUAGAGACCAGAUGCAGGGAUGUGCAACCUCAAUUUGUCCUGCUUGAGUUGUGAGAAGUGAGGUGACAUGACAAGAGUCUGGCCAAGUAAAUAGCCCAGCAUCUCUUCAAGGUGCAUCCCCAUACUCUUGGCUGUGAGGUGAGCAGGAUUUACAGGGAGGAUGAGGCCACUUGCAUGGGAAAUGGGCUCAGCAGCUCUCUGUCACAGGGUUAGACUGGGAGGUCCCAUACAACCAUCAUCUAGAGGAGUAUCAGUGUCUGCUCAUAGAAGCAUAGUAACAAGAAAGGGGGAGGAUGAGAGAAUGUCUUGUGAUUAUUAUCCUAACUUUAUAUUUACUUUAUUUCUUUCAUGGUCUUGAGAGUCUUAGCCCUUUAUUUGGGAGAUGUGAUGGAAGUUGUGUGGGGUGGUGGAGGAUGAUUUGCAAGAAUGUCUUACUGACAACACAUUUCUAACUUCAGGUUUAUGUAUUGAGGGUGAAUGCUUUGCUUUCUUGCUCUUUUUUUUUUUUUUUUUUUUUUGUGCAGUGCAAAAAAGAUUAAAAUAUGUGAUUCCUUUCCUGCAAUCAUUUAAAGUCAGAAGGGAAAUUCUGUUGAUUUUAAUAGGCUCUCAAUCAAGCCUAAAUUAUAUAUUUUGGCUUUUGAGUCCCCCCAAAAAAGCUUAUUCUUCAGAGAGAAAAUAUGUAAGCUUGUUUGAAAUUAUUCUGUCACCUUGAAAAUUAGCUUCACUUUCUCUCACUGUUUCUUAGUAACAUGUUCUUGAAUUUAUUUUGACCAUUUCUUAUGUUUUUUUAAUUUCUCCAAAAAAGCAAAAGAGGAAGAGGGUUUCAAGGGUAAAUGUAUCUAAAAAUGCCUUUUAACAUUGUUUCACUUUGCCUAAGUUAUGCAUAGGCAGAGUAGUGUGACCUGUGUUUGGAAACAGACUUGUCCAUCUGCAAAUUGGAAAAGAGGCUCUUCCCUGGGGCCAAAAUUUGAGCAAGUGAAAACCCUGGGCAGCCACAGAAGUUUAUACUGGCUGCCUAACCUGCUUCACUGGGUGUCCAGCUCUUGUUUGGAAAAUUAAUUUCCUAGUGCACAAAAUCUGAGAUUUUGGACCCUGUCUCUCUUCCCAGCCAUCUCUUCAGAGAUUGAUGAGGGUUCCCAUGGCUGUCCAGUCUCAAUUUGCCAAGAUGAUAAUUGUAAUGGCAGAACUGUGUUCCUAAAAGACAUCUCUCUUCGGGAUGUGUCUUUCAAAAUCAGAAAUUCUCCUCAUCUGUAGAACACUUGAUGGCCUAUGGAUGAGAACUACUACUUAGGUGAAAAGAAUUAUUUAUUGUUAUUUGUGUAAAUAACUGCCUGUUCUGUUAUUUGUGUAAAGCACAUACCCUAAAUAAGCAUCAGUAUCAGUAGAAAGACUUUCAGAGAUUGGUACAGCCCCAUUCCAAAUCCUCCAAGAAGAAAAUUGUGAUAUGUGAGAUACAUUGGAUAAACCUUUUCUCUUCAUAUAUAGUAUCAAUAAUAUCAACAAAUUUGGAGCACACUUACGUUAAACAGGCUUUGCAGUUGAUUAAAUGCUUUAACUUUACUUCAACAUUUAAUCAACAGCAAAAGCUGAUUACUGCUUUGUGCCACAGAAUAAAAUUGGUUUUUAUGGAGACAUUCUUGUACUCAGGUUACUUAUUCCUGUGGUUACUCUGUAGAAGCUAUUCUGUGCUCAGCUGCAGCUCAAAUCCAGUUUAUCCAUUAGAGCCUGGUUUACUGAGAGAGGGAAUGUUGAUAUCACUACACUGUUGACUGUAUUCCGUUAUUGCUUAUAUGUAAGCUGUAAAAUGUCUCAUGCUACAAUUAUGAUGAGUCCCUCUUUGGCAUCCAACUUUAAAACAAACCUGAAGCAACUGUGAAAAUAACAGUGGGUAUUUGUUUUAAACAGAAGCCUCUUUUUUAUAAUUGUAUUCUAUUUUUAGAAUUUUGAAUUAGAGUAUCACUGGCUGCUGCAUAAUUUGAUAGGGCAUAAUAGGACUGUGCCAAAAGUACAUGCAAAUCAUUAGUAGUUUGAAAUUAAUUGCUGAUCAAUUUGUAUAGUAUCUGUUCUGAAAUUAAAAGAAGAACUAGAUUGUCUCCAAAGUAGCAAAUUAAAUCUGUAUGAUAUGUUCCAUAUUAAAAAAGAGAGAAAAGGGUCAGAAUCUUUCCCAGGAGUUGCAGGAAACCUCUGUGAAGCUGCUUGGAGGCCUUGCAUCAGGGUUAGAGAGCACCACACAGGAGGCCAGCAUUCUUCUGCGAUAAAAGUUGCUUGCUCUUUUUGCUCAGGAACCAAAAUAAUCAAAUGCAAAGCAGGGUCUGCCCAGCCUGGCCUGGAAUUGUGUCCUUGGUAACCCAGGUAGAUUAUUUUGGCUGGUAAGUAAUGCAUCACUACCCUGGCAUGUCUCAGCUGCUGAGGAAGUAAGCCUCACCCCCAUGUAAAGCCAUGAGAGCUGGAGCUGGACAGAGGGGUUAAGCCCUUGUGGUCCAUGUAUUCAGCAACUGAGGGGAGGACAUAGUGAGAGUCAGCAGCUGGUCUGACCAGGAGUGACUCAGUCUCCAUGGAGCAGGACUCAAAGGCCCAUGGUGUUGGCAUUCCUGGUCAAUUAGCUGAGAGGGCACAGUAGGGUGUAGCAUCCCCAGGAGUCCCAGCUGGAGCCAAGCUAUCUGCAGGGUGCUGUGCCAAUGAGAGCAUGUUUCAUUACACAGGGCACAACACCCUUUUUGAUGAGCUGCUCUGCUGCAGGACCCAGGAGUGUGCAGCUCUGAGUGUGUCACUGGAGCACGAAGAGGCAAAAUCAUCUAAGAGGAAGAGCAGUGGUCUUUGCCAGCGUUGAGGUGGGGCUGCGGGGCAGGGUGGGGGGAGGCAGACCUGUGCUUCCCUCUCCCACCUCUCCACUUCAGCAGGAGGGUCUGCCCUGCCAGCCCAGCAGAGGCACCCACAGCCUGGCAGGUGCAGGAGGAGCACAUGGGUCCCCCUGAACUUCUCUGCUGUUCCUCGAUGAAUUGGUGCACUCACCCACCCUUUGUGACUCAGCUGGUCACUACCAGCCUCUGACUGUAAGGUGUUGAUGUCUAUAGCUGCGUCAAUAGUAUCUUCUGCUAUUAAAAAAAAAAAAAAAGAAAAAGCACCUUUUUUCUCAUUAAAAAUGUUUAUUAAGUCAGUAUGGCCCUUUAUAGAACCCAAGAAGAAAGUUAAUUUAUCAUGAACUAAUGCGAAUGCUAAAACGUAAUUUUUUAAUUAUUCUUCUUAUUUUACUUUACAGAUUGAAUGUUCUUCAUUUUCAUGCUGCCACUUAGUGCUGCUAGAUGCUAUUGUAAACUUUCUAAAAUGUUCCAUUACCUAGUUCCAUACUUUCCAUCUAGUAUUUGUGUGCAUGUUUGCAAAUUAGAUUUUCAUAUUUCUAUCAGUAUGUCCUAAUGUAAUAAUAUAAAACCAUAUAAGAGUUGUUCUUUAGUUUAUGCUUUUAAGCCAGCUGCAUGUCACUAUUUUUGGCACUGCUAUUUUUAUGAAUGAUUACUGGUCUGUGAAUUUCUCUUGUAGAAAUAUACAUGAUCUUUUAUUUUGUCAUUAUUGAACUUUCUGUCAUUCAAGAGAUUGUGAAGUGCUCUUAAUUUUGCAAACUCACAACUUGUAAAUAGAUGAACAAUGGCUAGGUUCUUCUUUAACAGUUAAUAUCCAUUGUUCAGGCUCCUAGAUCAACUAAGGUACUUCUGAGCAAGAAAAUCAAAAUUUCAUUAUUUUAGUAAUCUAACAUCUUAAAGUAAUUUUGUAUUUCAAGGACACAAUAAAAAGGAGUAUAUCUAUUUUAAUAUUGAA